CCCCACCCACUUCUUUUUCAUCUAAUUUAGAUGUCCCCCAUCAUUCAUUUCACCCAUUCCCCCCUUCAUUGUUGCUGCCCAACAGAUCAAGAACAUCUUCCGAGUUUUCUGUUCUUCUCAAGAAGUUUGAUCUAUUUUCCUCAGGAAUCUGGACUUUGGUUUUGGUGUAGGGGGAUCAUCAAAAAGUCGAUUUUGAUAUAAAAAUAGAGCAACAUGCCGUGGACCUCUUUAGGAAUUAAUUAUUGUGGAAAGUGUUUUCACUUGGCGCUCUUCUUUUUCAUACUGUAAUUCUAUUUUCUCAGAGUUGUUUUUGUUAAUUGUGUGAGUUGUUAGUAUUUAUUACUCUGCAUAUUGGUUGGAGGACUGAGAAUGUACAUUGGCAUUACACAAAGGAGAAUUGGAUCUGUAAAAGAAGUGGGAAAGAUUAAAAUGAGUGUUGGAAUUAUUGCGUAUUACAAUUUGAUGCAAGUUUGUCAGGCUGAAUAUUUUCGUCAGUUGCUUAAGCCAGUUACGUAGUCUUCCAAAAGUCAAAGCCCUUUUUGGUCAUUUCACAUUAGAAAACCAUAAAUCUCUCAAAAUCUGUUAGUUGUUGGUGAUUAUUAUUAACAUAAAUCUCUUGGCCUAAAAAUGGAAAUAACUUGAAAAGUGCAUCAUUUGCACUCUCCUCAAAAUCCUAAUUGCCUUUCAAGAUUCUUCUUUUUUUUUUUUUUAAAAUUUUUGUAUUUAAAAAAACAAAACCACAAAAUUCGAAAGCCACAGUUCAGAUUUCAGAAAUCGUUUUUUGGUCAACAAAAGUCAAAAUGGGUAGUGGGUACUUCCCGGAUCGCAAUCUUUCAUCCUUCUUUGGUCAAAAUGUUGACUUUCAGCCUGCCCGAGACUGCCCGAGAAACUUUAUUAUAUUUGACCGGACAGAUAACCAAAGCAGGAUCGUGUACCAUCCUGAUACUACUACUUCUACUAUGCCGGUGCGAAAAGACGAAAAUGCCCCUGGAGUUAUGAAUGAAGAUUUAGCUGAUAUAGAUGCGUUGUUGAGCUUGGAGGAUGAAGAGGAGGAAUAUGAAGAGGGUGAUGACGUCAGCACGGGGCGUACAGGUGGAUAUGAUGGAAGUGACACGUCAGAUACUUGCUCUUCGAGCAGGAGAAACGGUGGGCCAGGGGUAUUUUUGGGAUAUGAGGUGAAAGAUAGUGAAAGAAAGAGGGAUAAGAUGAAGAAGAUGGUGAAGUCUCUUAAGGGAAUUGUGCCUGGUGUUAAUGGAGGAAUGAAUACUGUUGAUGUUCUUGAUGAAGCUGUGAAAUAUCUCAAGUCGUUGAAAGUUGAAGCUCAAAAGAUGGGGGUUGGAGAUUUCCAGGGGUGAAAUGACGAUGGUGCCCUUGCUGAUAAGGUGUUGUGUUUGUUUUGGAAGGUGGCUAGGUGGGUAGAAUGGUAAUUUUACUUGCUUUUCUUAUGUACGGAUGAUGGAUCUUUAUGUGAUGUUUAUGAUGAGUGGUUUUUACA